AUGCGCGGGCUUGUGCCAAACCCUGUCGCGGCCUGCUGCGCUGUGUUGUUUUUUGUCCAGGCCAUCUUGUGCUCUCCUAUCCAGCCGAACCCGGCCAUUGACCUCCAACCAAGGCAAACCAUCAUACCUGGCGGCCAGCCGUGCGGGCAGAACAACGCCACGAACCGCCGGUGUUGGAAAAACAACUGGAACAUCAACACCGAUUAUGAGACAACUACUCCUCCGGCAUUCAACACUCGGGUGGUAUAUCAGUUUCCUGGUCCCACCAUUGAGGCUGACUGGGGUGACUACAUUGUUGUCAAUGUCUACAAUGACAUGCAGGACAAUGGCACCUCAAUUCAUUGGCACGGCAUCCGUCAGUUUGGCGAAAGCAACCAAGACGGAGCCAACGGAGUCACAGAAUGCCCCAUCCCGCCCGGACACAUGAAAACGUACGACUUCCACGUCACCCAGUACGGGACGUCGUGGUACCACAGCCACUACUCCAACCAGUAUGGCAACGGUGUCGUCGGCUCACUCGUCGUACGGGGGCCGGCGUCCGCAGAUUACGACAUCGACCUCGGUCCUUACACUAUCAGCGACUACUACCACGAGACAGCUGACCGCCUCCACCUCAAAGCCGAGCUGGUCAGCAAUGGCCCACCCCCUGACAGUGACAACGUACUCUUCCGCGGCAAGAACAUCAACCCCAACGGUGCCGGCGGAGCCUACGACCGCAUCACCCUCACCCCCGGCAAAAAGCACCUCCUCCGCCUCACCAACCCCAGCGUCGACAACUCCUUCACCGUCUCUCUCGUCGGACACACCUUCAAAGUCAUCACCACCGACCUCGUCCCCAUCACCCCGGUCACCCGCAGCACGCUCUUCCUCGGCGUCGGCCAGCGCUACGACGUCAUCAUCGAAGCCAACCAACCCGUCGGCAACUACUGGUUCAACGCGACGCUCGAGAGCAACAACAACUGCGGGCACUCGCGCAACCCCUUCCCGGCCGCCAUCUUCCACUACGCCGGCGCCAGCACCACCGCCCUGCCCACCAACCGCGGCACGCCCAUCACCGCCACCUGCAACGGCGAAAAGGGCUUCUCCCCGAUCGUCACGCGCAGCAUCCCCGCCUCCCAGUUCCAACCCUCCACCCUUCCCGUCUCCCUGCAGUUCCCGACCAACGAGCGCGGGCAGGUGUUUGAGUGGCGGGUGCGCAACACCCCCAUCAGCGUCGAGUGGGACCACCCGACGCUGGAGUACGUGCUGGAAAACAAUUCCAGCUACCCCGGCGCGUCGAACCUGGUGGAGGUGGCGGCGGCGGAUGUGUGGACGUUUUGGGUCGUGCAGAAUACGUUCGCGCUGCCCCAUCCGAUUCACCUGCAUGGGCAUGACUUUUUGGUGUUGGGGACGGGCGCGGGGACGUUCGAUGCGGCGACGAUGGUGGGGCAGCUGAAUUUUAAUAAUCCCAUUCGGAGGGAUGUUGAGCAGAUGCCCGGUGGGGGGUGGUUGGUGAUGGCGUUUCGCACGGAUAAUCCGGGUUGUUGGUUGAUGCAUUGCCAUAUUGGUUGGCAUGUGGCUAUGGGGUUGGGAGUGCAGUUCCUGGAGAGGAAGGCUGAUAUCAUGAGUCUGAUGCAUCUGGAUCAGAUGCAACCGAAUUGUAAUGCGUGGCGGGCGUAUGCGGCUACCAGUCCGUAUCUGCCCAAGGUUGACUCGGGGUUGAGGAAGAGGAUGGAGAUGGGAGGCAUGGAAUGGGACGGGGAGCCGGCUGUGAGGAGGAUUGGUUGA